AUGUCUGAUCAAGACACUCACCCAAAUAAAUUCAGUGAAUUGCGAAGUAAAUAUAAAUACCACAUCGAUUUAUAUAAUGCAUUGUAUCAGCUGAAAACUGAAAAUGAAGAAGAAAUAAACAAGAUUUACAAAAUGCUCAAAACAGAAUUGAUUGAUUCAAAGAAAUGUCUUCCUCAUACUAUUGUAAAUGAUAUUUUUUGUAUCAUUCUGUUUAAUAAUCGCUAUACAAAGGCUUAUUUAUCUCUCGCCAAGCUCAUAUAUGAUAACUAUCAAUUAAACGAGGAUAUCACACAAGAACAAAGUGUUAGAUACAUAUUUUAUAAAGAAUAUGGAAUUAAAUUAAACAAAUCUGAUAAUUUCGAAACACUUAUAUUAGAAGAUCUCAGUUUUCAGAGAGAAGAUACAAUUUACAGAGCAAUUAUGUGUAAUGACUUAG